AUGACGUCAGCGCUGACGCGUUCAUCCAGCGUCGAGUCUUCAGAGCUGAGCUCUGCCGCCAUCAGUGAAAGACAAAGACAGAGUUUAUUGAAGGACAGUGAGAAGAUGAGUGAUCCAGAACCCUGCAGAAUUAAACAGGAGGAGACUGAAGAACUAAUAGAUGUGGUGGUGAAGGAGGAGAGUGAAGAACUGAGUGAAGAUGAGGAGAAGCAUCAUGUCAAAAGUGAAACCAAAACUGAACCAAACACUGAACAUGGUGUUUCAGUGGAAAGAACGGACAUAAAAGGUUUGACCUGCACUCAGUGUGGAAAGAGUUUAAGCUCUAAAUACGAUCUCAAGCGUCACAUGAUGAUCCACACUGGAGAGAAACCCUUCAAGUGUUCACACUGCGACAAGACAUUCAAUCAUUCAGGAAACCUGAAUUCACACAUGAAGAUCCACACUGGGGAGAAAACACACACAUGUGAUCAGUGCGGCAAAACUUUUUUGAGGCCUUCAGAGCUGAAGAAUCAUCUUAGAGUUCACACAAAGGAAAAGCUGUACUCAUGUUCUGAGUGUGGAAAGAGUUUUGGAGUGCAGUCAAGUUUAAGAAAACAUCAGCAGAUCCACACUGGUGUGAGAGAGUUUGUCUGCUCUGAGUGUAAGAAGGCGUUUACUAGAGCUGAUUACUUGAAACAGCACCAGAGGAUUCACACGGGAGAGAAACCGUACGUGUGUUCACACUGCGACAAGAGAUUCAGUCUAGCUAGUUCCCUUAAAUAUCACAAAACAACUCACACUGGAGAGACACCAUUAACAUGUACUCAGUGUGGGAAGAGUUUCACAAAAAUAUCACACCUUAACAAACACAUGCCGCUCCACACCGGAGAGAAAACACACAGAUGUGAUCAAUGCGGCAAAGCUUUUUUGAGGCCUUCACAGCUAAGGGUCCAUCUUAGAAGUCAUACAAAUGAGAAGCCUUAGUUCUGCUCUCAGUGUAUAAAUAGUUAGACAUCAGUCACAUUUAAAUGCACAUCAGCAGAUCCACACUGGUGUGAGAGAGUUUGUGUACUCUGAGUGUGAGAGGAGUUUUAAUAAAUCUGCAGACUUGAGACGACACCAAUUGAUCCACACUGAAGAGAAGCCGUACGUGUGUUCAAACUGCGACAAAACAUUCAGACAUUCAGGACACCUGAAAACACACCAGAGUGUUCACACUGGAGAGAAACCGUUCACAUGUACUCUGUAAGGAUCAUCAUCUAUUGAUAAACAUGUGUUGAGCCACACUGGACAGAGAAGUCACGAAUACAUUUUUAAGGCUUUAGAGCUUAAGAAACAUCUUAGAGUUCAUACAGUGACCGAUGUUUUUGACACAUAUGCUUGCAAUCUGUUGUUGACCAAAUUAUUAGACUAGUUUUUAACUAAAAUAAAAUGAGACAUUCAUCAU